UGCAAAGAUAUUAAACAGCACAAAUCACAUUUUACUCUGACAUCAGCGGUUCAAACUGACACCGUGAGCGUCAGUAACCAUGGCAACUGCAAACAUUGGCGGAAGUGAAGGUGAGAAACAUGUCGUGGUUUCUAAAUAAAAUGUUAGCUGAAAAACAAAUAUGAUAUAGAUUAUAAAAAUGCUAUUAUCAAGAUAAGAUUUUUCUGUUUUAAGUGUGCAUUAUAAAACAAAUGGUAAACAACCACAAUCCGACAAAAGCUGUUUUAUUACUGUAAACAAAACGUGUAGGCUACUGGCAAAGUAAUUACAUUCGCGUCCUUCUACGUAUUAUUGGAUAGUGUGUAAUAGCUGACGUUUUUGAUGAAUUUCUUCAAUUAUGGUAAGUUUUUAUGUUCACACAGUAGAGCUUUUCUAAAUGAACCAGAAAUAAUGUAUGACUUUUGCUUAUACAGUUGCAAGCACUGUAUCUCAUAAUGUAUGACACGUUUUGAUAGAGAAAAUGUUGUGAAUUCGUACAUCUGAAUCUAUUAAAUAUAUCUAGAUAUAUCUUUGUUCUGGAUCUGGACAACUGUUACGAAAAGAAAAACAGCAUAUGCUGGUUUAUUUCGAAGCAUGGCCGCUGGUUUGAGCUGGUUCUGAGCUAGCUGAUACUGAGCAGGAGUUAGUUACUAAGGACCAGCACAUGACGAGCUUAAACUAGCCCAUGACCAGCUAAGGAGCAGCUCAAACCAGCUGCCAUGCUUCAAAACAUACCUACCAGCAUAUGCUGUAUUUUUUUCCAACAAGAAAAACGUAAUAUAAUAUAUUUGUCCAUUAGUAACACGUACAUUAGCUGAUAUUGUUCAUCAUCUCCCACAGUUUGUGAGAUGCUUGAGUCAUGUCUAGCAGUAAGGAGCAGGCCUCCAUCAGUCAGGUGAUGUGUUUCCUCCACGAGUGGGAUCAGGGCAGUAAGACGGUGCGCAGUCGAAUGCUAAGUGACUUUCUGGCCAAGAACACUGGAAAGACGUGUCCUGAACUGGAGCUGGAGUUCGCACAAGUUGCCAGCCUGUUCCUUGCUCGGCUCACUGCCUGGAUAAGACUAACUUAUAUGUUUGGUACAUGUCUAGACCUUCAGCUGAGAGCAGUGGGGGUUUUCCUGUCUGCUAACAGCAGUCAUCAGUACAUGAUUGAGUUUCUGGAGGUGGGUGGAGUGCUUACCCUGCUUGAGAUUCUAGGACAAGACAAACUCAAGGAAGGGGAUAAAACAGAGGCUCUUCACCUGCUCCAGAUCAUCGCCAACGCAGGCCAAAAAUAUAAAGAGCUAAUCUGUGAAAGCUAUGGUGUGAAGGCCGUAGCUGAAUGUUUGGCCAAAUCUGAGACAGAGGGGACUCAGGAGAACGCAGCCGCCCUGCUAGAAUCUUUGGCACAUGGAAACCCCAAAUACCAGAAUCAGGUGUACAAGGGCCUGAUCGCCCUGCUGACCUGCACCUCGCCAAGAGCACAGCAGCUUGUUUUACAGAUCCUACGUAUAGUUCAGCCCAUUGUAAAAACAGCCCAUCACAGCAUAGUGGAACCCUUAUUAAAUAUUCUGAGGUCCCUACAUUUAGAAGUGCAAUAUGAAGCAAUAGAACUGAUAACAGAGCUUAUGCAAUCAGAGGUUAGACUGGCUCUGCUCAGGGGUCUGGUGGCUUUUCUCAAACCAACUAAACAGAGAAAUCCCAAACACAACAUCCUGGAGGAUCCAGAGGUGGCCAAAAUGACCGAUUCACUCCCUGUGUUUCUCCAGCAAGCAGCUACUGCUAAAACCAUCAGGAUUCUGGCACAGAAAAGUGAAGAGAUAUCCAAAGAGCUGCUCUCUCUCAGAGUGAUCCACAACUUACUGUUUGCAAUGGGGAACCAGGAACAUGCUGAUUCCCAGAGACAAGCCAGCCUGGCUUUGGAGCAUUUUGUGCGCAUGUAUCCAGUGGUGGAAGAGCAUGUACACAGAGCAAUGGGCACCAGACUCUUUGAGUCUUUUAUGCACAAUGCUGAUGUCCCACAUUUGAACAUGGAUGACAUUCAAGCUGACAUUUUAUGCUCAAAUAAAGUGAACAUUUCAUGUGUGCUUGAGGAUCUGAAUUCAGAUUCUUGAACACAGCUUGAAACAGCCUUUUCUUGUUGUUGGUGUUUUUAUCCAUAAAAUAAGGGAUUACAAAUAAGAGUCUUCUAUAGCAUAUUUCUUUGGUUCAAUUAAAUAUGGGUGCACUAGAAAACUCAAGCAUUACAUUAUAAAAUAGUAAUAUUUUAAUGAUAUUGUAAUGACUUUAAAAUAGAUAAGAUAGAUUGUCAUGUA